GCUACUCCUUCAAGAGGCCACGCUCGCCCUCGGAGGAGCCCCGCUCGCUCCGCCUUCCCUAGUCUCACGGCCAUGCGCUGGCAGGCCAGCCCCAUCCCGCCUCACGUGACAGCGAUCGGGGGCGGGGUUCGCGUUGAAGUCCCCCUGGCAGCUCGCCGCAGUCCUUGGGCAGCCCUGCGGCUUCCAGGGCGUCGCGGCCGCGGCCCCGCAGCGCCGCUCCCUGAGGUGAUCAUGGAAACAGGUGGCCUCCCCCUGGAGCUGUGGCGUAUGAUCUUAGCCUACCUGCACCUGCCUGACCUGGGCCGCUGCAGCCUGGUCUGCAGGGCCUGGUACGAGCUGAUCCUCAGCCUUGACAGUACCCGCUGGCGGCAGCUGUGUCUGGGCUGCACCGAGUGCCGCCACCCGAACUGGCCCAACCAGCCGGAUGUGGAGCCGGAGUCCUGGAGGGAGGCCUUCAAGCAGCACUACCUGGCUUCCAAGACCUGGACCAAGAACGCGCUGGACUUGGAGUCCUCCCUUUGUUUCUCUCUGUUCCGCAGGAAGAGGGAGCGGCGCACCUUGAGCGUUGGGCCAGGCCGUGAGUUUGACAGCUUGGGCAGCGCCUUAGCCAUGGCCAGCCUCUAUGAUCGAAUUGUGCUGUUCCCAGGGGUGUACGAGGAGCAAGGGGAAAUCAUCCUGAAGGUGCCAGUGGAAAUUGUGGGCCAAGGGAAGUUGGGUGAGGUGGCCCUGCUUGCCAGCAUUGACCAGCACUGCUCAACUACACGCGUGUGCAAUCUCGUCCUCAUGCCAGCCUGGUUCUCACCGAUCAUGUAUAAGACCACGUCAGGUCACAUCCAGUUUGACAACUGCAACUUUGAGAAUGGGCACAUCCAAGUUCAUGGCCCAGGGACCUGCCAAGUGAAAUUUUGUACCUUCAAAAACACGCAUGUAUUUUUGCACAAUGUGCCCUUAUGUAUGUUGGAAAACUGUGAAUUUGUGGGCAGCGAAAACAACUCUGUAACUGUCGAGGGCCACCCGUCAGCAGAUAAGAACUGGGCCUACAAGUACCUGCUGGGACUUAUCAAGUCAUCUCCUAUCUUGCUCCCUGCCGAGGACAAUGAGUUUUUAAUGUCCUUGGACUUAGAGAGCCGGGACCAGGCCUGGAGUCAGAGGACCUGUGACAUUGUCAUCGAGGGCAGCCAGAGCCCUACAAGCCCAGUCUCGAGCUCUCCAAAGCCAGGCUCCAAGACCGGCUCCCAGGAGGUGGAGGUGGGCAGCGAUGGGGAGAGAGUGGCCCAGACUCCCGACAGCAGCGAUGGUGGCCUGAGCCCCAGCGGCGAGGAUGAGGAGGACGAGCAGCUCACUUACAGACUGUCCUACCAGGUUCGGGGCCCACGCCCUGUCCUGGGUGGCUCCUUCCUGGGCCCUCCACUGCCAGGAGCGUCCAUCCAGCUGCCCAGCUGUCUAGUGCUGAACUCGCUGCAUCAGGAGCUACAGAAAGACAAGGAAGCCAUGGCGCUAGCCAGCUCCGUGCAGGGCUGCCUUAUCCGCAAGUGCCUCUUCCGAGACGGGAAGGGUGGCGUCUUCGUCUGCUCUUAUGGCCGAGCCAAGAUGGAAGGAAACAUCUUCCGGAACCUAACUUACGCGGUGCGGUGUAUACACAAUAGCAAGAUCGUCAUGCUCAGGAAUGACAUCUACCGCUGCCGGGCGUCAGGCAUCUUUCUCCGACUGGAGGGUGGAGGCUUGAUUGCCGGCAACAACAUUUACCACAAUGCAGAGGCUGGCGUGGACAUUCGGAAGAAGUCUAAUCCACUUAUCCUGUGCAACCAGAUCCACCAUGGUCUUCGAUCUGGCAUUGUUGUCCUUGGCAACGGGAAAGGCAUCAUCAGGAACAACCAAAUCUUUUCGAAUAAGGAAGCCGGCAUUUAUAUCCUGUACCACGGAAACCCUGUCGUGAGCGGAAACCACAUCUUCAAGGGGCGCGCAGCUGGCAUAGCAGUGAAUGAGAACGGCAAAGGCCUCAUCACAGUGAUCAUGGCCUGCGCUGGAGGUAUCUCUUGGGUACUGACCUUUCCAUAUUUCCCCAUAGAAAAUGUCAUCCGUGAGAACCAAUGGGGUGGCGUAGACAUCCGCCGUGGAGGCGUGCCGGUCCUCAGGAGCAACCUCAUCUGCUUUGGUUACUCAGACGGUGUGGUCGUGGGUGACGAAGGCAGAGGACUGAUAGAGGGAAACACCAUCUAUGCUAACAAAGGCUGUGGCGUGUGGAUGAUGUCCUCUAGCCUGCCCCAUGUCACCAGCAAUCAUGUGAGCUAUAAUGGCCUGUAUGGAGUGGCAGUGUUCAGCCAGAAAGAUGGCUCUGGUGAGUUCCCUGGAGGCCACGGGGCCCAGGAGAACUUCAGUGAGGAUGGGGAUGCCAUCCUCUGGGAGACAGAGCUGGAGAAGGAAGAUGACCCGCUGCGCCGGCCUGUCACCAUAGCGCUUGUGGAGUCCAACAGUAUUAACCACAAUGGAGCAUCAGGACUCUUUGUCCAGAGCAGUGAGGCACUGCAGGUCAUCACCAACGUGAUCCAUGCCAAUGGGGACAGAGGCAUCACCAUUGUUCAGAGCGGCCAGCUCACACGAGUGGCCAACAACAGCAUCUCCUGCAACCGCCAGAGUGGGGUCAAGGUGGAAGCCCAGUGCAAGGUGGAACUCCGGGGCAACGGUAUCUAUGACAAUAGAGGCCACGGCAUCAUUACCAGGGGCGACAGUACUGCUGUCGUGGAAAAUGACAUCAUCGGCAACCGCGGCAGUGGACUGCAGUUGUUGCCCAGGUCUGACACUAAGGUACUAAAGAACAGGAUCCACUCCUUCCGGGCCUAUGGCAUUGCAGUGCGGGGCCGCGUGAAGGCCCUGGUACAGGAGAACAUCAUCUUCCAGGGCAAGGCCAACAAGACCAUCUUCCAGCAGAUCGCAAACAACCGAGAGUGCAUCAUGCAGAACAACAAGUUCCUGGUCUUCAAGAAGAAGUCUGACACCUGGCGCCUGGUGAACCCACCAGCACGGCCCCACCUUGAAAACUCAUUCAGGGGCUCCUCUGCAGCCCACAGUGGGCACAAGAUGGCAGCCAUGGCGACCAGGAUCACAGCCCGUGUGGAAGGUGGUUACCACAGCAACCGCAGCAUCUUCUGUACCAUCUUGUAAGCAAGAAGGCCUGCCUCAGGUCUCAGGCCCAGGCCCCAGCAGGUACUCAGAAGAGCUAAGGCUAAGACUCUUGGGAUGGAAGUUAUGCCUGGGAAGACUCCUAGACCCCAUCCUGUCUUAUACAACACUCACUCCUGAAAAGUGGGCCUAGGCCUCCUGGGGGCUAAGAACAGCCCUUGGUAGGAAGGACCUUGGAAACAUUUCCCCAGGAAAAAAAGGAAUAGCAGUUGGGGUGUUUCCAGUGCCCCCAUUACUUAGAGGUUAUGAAGAGGUACGGAAGCUCAAACCAUACAUGUGGUUUUAGGUCAGUUAUUCCAAGCUACAGAGAACCUCACUUUACACAGACCAAACCUAGACUCUUCUCAGGGAAGAGAGCAAGGAAUAACUGUGGUGAGGUGGAGACAAUUGUCCCUUUCCCACCCCUCUUGUCCCUCUUGGGACUGUACCACCCUCCCAGCUGCCUCUGGGGGCUGCAGCGUUUUAUUCAAGACAGCUCUCUUAGAUUUGCACAUGGCCUUGUGAGCAAGGAGGGGACUUGGAACAAGGAGUUCCUCCUGAAAAGCUGCCCCAGGAAUGACAUGGGGACAUGCUAUAAAUAAGG